AUGAGACUACCGAAGAUGAGGUAUUUUGGACUCACCUGUGCCAACCUCUACGGUACAUCUCUUGUUGUUUCUUCUACCUUCGAUACUUCCACCAUUAACACUUCCACUUCAUUACCUUCGUUUGUUUCUACUCCAAUUGUUACCCACUCACCUACAUUCGAUUAUAUUCUUGAUCAACCUAUUACUUCCAUAUUUUGUUCCCAAUCCACCAAUCCACUUAUUACUUACAAAGAAGUUCAAAUCCCAACUGAUGAUGAUGAGGAUGUAUUUGAUGGACCAUUUGCUGACAUUCAGUUUGAUCAAGAGGAGGAGGAUAUUCCCAAUAAUAUGCUUCUUAUAGGGAAACAGUUCAAAAUCCUUAAUCAAAAACUUAAUUCUCUUUUACAAGUUCAAGCUGAUGGCGGUAAACAUUCAAUAUCUAGUCUGGAAGUUGAUAUGUUGCUCAAACAUCAGGAAAAUCGUCUUUCUGAAGCCAUUCAAGAUGUUGAUAGAAACAAUGAGACAAUGGUGAAAAAUCAAUCAUCAACUUUUGCUUGUGAUUUAAAGGAAUUGAAGGCUGUAGCGAAGGAAAGGCACAUCUUAUUUGUUCAAGAUGUCAAGAAAGUUUGGGAAUAUGUGAAUUUAAAACUUCAAGAACUCAGGAAGGAUAUCGCCCUUGGUCCGAAAGUUGAGAAGAUGUCUGUGGAUGAUGUUACGAGUUUUUCGAAUAUAAAUCAGUUGUUAGAAGGAGCUAGCCCCAUUGUCUCAGCUAAUCAGUCUCUUACCAACAAAUGCCCCACCUGUUGUCACAGGGGUGCAAGGGGAGAGAGAAGACAUGUUGGUAAAGGAGAAGGUGCUUCUGGGAAAACAGAAGAAGAAGAAGUAAAGGUUGUUGGAAAAGUUUUCGCAAGUCAUGUUCCAACACCAAAACCAACAUUUUCGAAUUCUGAUCCAGUAAUAGCAACUGCCACUACUACAAGGCCUAUUACUAAAGGAAUUGCAAUUGGGACAACCGGUGAAGGAAGUUCCUCAAAACCAAUACCAACUAUAACCAAUCAAGAUAGAGGAAAAUGUAUUAUUAUGGAGAAAUCAAAGGAAGAGAGGAAUACAGAGAAGAAAAGAGGGGGAACUAGGGUUUGUGAGAUCAAGAAGAAGGCAGUCACAUUGAGGGUUUAUCCAAAGGAGGAAAAGGAGAAAGACCAAACAAAGAGGUGGAAUCAAGGAGAAGAGCUUGUGGAAGGAAGCGGGGUAGAGUCUAGUAGGUUGCCUCGUGUAUUGAGGAUAUGCAUGGUAGGACUCGGUGCAUCUGAGUGGGGAUCGGGCGUAGCUAAUGUGUCCCACAGGCUCGACGAAAUGAGCAAAGGGGAUCGAGCGUGGCCAAUGUGUCCGAAUGGGUUCGGGUAUGGAGGAUCGGUCUUAGCCAAUGUGUCCUAA